AUGAAGCUUCAGUCUCUCGCCGUUGCCCUGGCCACUUGCCUGAGCUCUGUAGCUGCUCAGGGAAUGAGUGAUCUGCCAGCGUGUGCCCAAGACUGUGCUAUGGGCUCUAUCCCAGAAGAGUGCAGCGGAAUUAACAUUGCCUGCAUUUGCGGCACAGAGUCCUUCAUCGCGGAUAUGGCCUGCUGUGUUGGAAAGUCCUGCGAAGCAGAUGACCAGGCUGCCGCCCUCGACUUCGCAAAUGGUCUCUGCGAGGGUGCCGGUAUCACCAAUCUCCCUCAGACUGCCACCUGCGCCGGCGACUCGACUUCGACCGCCACCGAGAGCGAGACCGCUAGUGCCACCGAGACUACCUCCACUGAUGACUCGGAGACCACCACCACCGCGAGCGAUCCCGAGGAAACUGCGACCACCACCACCACCACCACUGAAGACCACGAGACCGGCACUGAGAGCACCACUGAGACCUCGACUCACUCCGCCACGGAGUCUGCCAACGAGACCUCGACCCCCACUGCGUCCGAGACUCCAGCUGAGCCUGAGGAGACCGAUGGUGCAGCUCUUCUCCGCGGCAAGGAGCUCGGUCUUGUUGCGGGUAUUGCAGCCGGUGUUGCAUUCUUGAUGUGA